UGUAAAAAUGCCAUGGAUAAAUAUCAUUCCAAGUUAAAAUCUACAUGAGCAAUGUGUGCUAUCAUAGUUAAUUCUGGUAAUACGGAUUUCAAGUGUUUGCUAAAAUGAGAUACCAAUUCUUGAUAUCUAUUCUUUUUCAAAUAUCAUAUGAAUUUUCGUACGUGCGUGUGGACAAUUUUGAAAUAAGUUACUCGAUUACCUAUGAAAGUUCAUGUCAUGUCGAGAUAGACAGAUUUCUAUUUAAGCUUCAAUCUUCUAUUGAAAACUGUGUGAAGGAAUGCAGUUCGCGUCAACAUUGUCAGGCCUUAAACUUUAGAAAAGGAAUUAAUGUAUGUGAACUGUUUUCAACUUCUGAAUCAGGGCAGCUAGCCAGCGGAAAUUGUCUUCAUGUUGAAAAAGACGAUAUCAACGUAAUUCAGACACCUUGUAAGAAUGGCUGCAAAUAUGGUGAAGUAUGUGAGACCACUGAUUCAGGGAUAGGCACAUGCGUUAUCAAAGAAUGCGUGAACGUGACCGUUCCAGACCACGGUACAAUUCUUGGAAACCAGAGAGAGGUUGGGAAAAAAAUUCGAUACAAAUGUGACAAGGGUUACAAAGAAAAGAAUGUCACAAGUGCAACAGUUGCUGAAUGCCUGAGCACGGGAAAUUGGAGUGCCAAUGCUGAAUGUCAUAAGAUUAACUAUACCUGGACAACGUGGAUGGACUGGAGUUCCUGUAGUUUAAGUUGUGACAACGGCACGAGAACAAGGUCAAGGAUCUGUUCGAUUGCUUCUGAAAACCUUAGCGAAGAACUUUGCAAAGAAGGCAACAAAAGUUUUGAGGAAGAGUCCUGUAAUGAGCACAACUGCCCAUGUAAGAAAUAA